AUGUGGCGUAAUUUGCCGAAUUUGGUGUCGUCGGCGCUCAGGUAAGGAAGUUGUUUGUGAUUAUGACGUAUUCUCAAUGUUUUAGAAGCCAAAAUGUGGCGGCGACACGUUUUUCGAGCGCAAUGAAGCAGUUUUUCGACGACGAGGCGAAUUUCGGAAAAGCCGAACUGCGUCCUAAGUAUCGGCCGGGCAGAUCGUGGACUGAAGACGAGCUGCGACUCAAAUCUAACUCGGAUUUGCAUAAAUUGUGGUGAACAUUUGAAUUUUCGGGAGUUGUUAGACAAGUUUCGAACAUUUUGCAGGUAUGUGUGCUUGAAGGAGCGAAACAUGCUGAUAACGAUGAAAAAGGCGCACAUUUCACGUGCGCGCAAUCUGCCGAACCCGGAAAGAAUCGAUCGUGUACAGGAGGUGGGCGAAUUGACGGAAAAGUUGAAAGUUUUUAAUUUUUCAAGUCUUUCAACACUAUUAAUAGCUCAAGAAACUUUGAGAUGCUUCUAAAAAAUAUUAGAAAAAUGGACAGAUUUAAAAACAAUUUACAAAUACUUCCAGACUAUGGAUCGCAUCGAAUCUGUCGUUCACGAGCGAAACGACGCGGUCUUCCGGCUGGAAACUGGCGAAUCGGCGACUCCGAGGGACCGGACCAUCACUUCGUUCGCCGGUUUCACCUACAAGUCGGUUUUGUGAAAGACAAAUUUCUGCUAAAAAUGCGACCGUUUUGCCGAUGUUUCCCAUAAAAAUCGUAAUUCUUUGCAGAAAACCAUCAAAAGAACACUUUGGGCCGCCGAAGUCGGGCGAAAAAGAGUACGAAACGCCGUUUUUGGACGAAGAUGCGUACGUGAUGCAGAAAUUGUGGAACGAGAAGGAAUUCAUGAAGAAUAGAGACAGGUAUGUGGAGUCGUUUAGACAAGAGAUGGAUACGAGCGGGUUUUAAGCAGAAAUUUAUUUGCCUUUCCUAAUUUUUCAAAAAUUUGCAGGUUGGACGACGAGAAGAGACGGGCGGAACGAACGGAAGACAUGAUUCGGUUCCGACGAGGCGCCCCGCGGGUCUUCAAUCGAUAA